GGGCUCAGACAAUUGCCCUUUCUUUUUGUAAUUUUGGCGUCCGCACUGUCGUUCGCGAGAGGGGAAGUUUCUUCUGAAAAGCGCAGAGGAAAGCUAGGGGUCAUCGCCCAUUCUUUCGGCUCAAUUCUGCUUUUUAUAAUCUACAGCUAAACCAGUUCAUCAUCUACUCCCACCCCCCCCACAAAUUUUCUUUUCUGCAAGCCAUUUUGUUGGUCAGAUUAGCCAAUCGCCACAAGUGGUUUCUGGUGUUCGAGGGAGAGAGAGAUGGAUUGGGGAAACGUGACGGCGGAGGAUCUGAUCAACGCCCUCCGCGAAGUAGACUGGUCAUCACCUCCUCGCCCUCUCAACGAGUUCUUUUCCAGAUUUACACUACCCCGUUCAUCUUCCAAGUGGAACAGCCGCCUCAAAUGCAACCUCUAUUAUUAUCGGACGAACUAUUUUAUUCUGAUCGUCUUCAUUCUAGGUAUUGGAUUUAUUCGGAAGCCGUUGGCUAUUGUUGCCACUUCUUUGACGGCUCUCAGCAUUGCUUUCUUGAAUGAUAGCUUUGCAGCUACUUUCAGUGAGAAGGUAACAAAAAUUGUGAGGCAGUUCUCUCCACGUCUAGCUGCAAAAACGAGGCCUCCUCACACGCCCAUUAUCCGUGGACGUCCUUCAGCUAAAAAAAUGAUUUACAUUUGUGGCCAGCCUCGUUGGGUGUUUGUAUUCAUACUCUCAGCUGGCAGUUUUAUUCUGUGGUUCAUCUCUUGUGGUCUUCUCACCAUCCUAUGGGCGUUCCUCAUUGGUCUUCUAGCAACUGUUCUUCAUGCAAGCUUCAGAACGCCUAAUUUUAAAGCACGCUUGAACACCUUCCGUGAGGAGUUUCGGGCAGUUUGGCGCAACUAUAGUGACCUCUAAUUAAAGCAGCUAUGGAAUUUCGUGGCAUUGUUCCAAGUAAAUCUGCCAUCUACCCUUUUGUGGGCUUGGGUCCUUAUAUUUUUGUUGUACAUUGUAUGCUCGGAACUAACAAUCUUCUUUCUCUUUUACUAGCCAUGGGCAUGUACUGCAUGUGCAUGCUUGGCUCUCUAUUUUUUACAAUUUUAAAAAAAAAAUUAUUAAAAAAAAAUAGAAAAAGUAAAUAUUAUAAGGAUAUUUUGUGAUAA